GCGCUGGCUGUCCGGGGUCACGAACUAUGACCUUUAAUAGAAGAAAACCACAACAAUAAUGUUUUUAAAACAGCGGAGCGCCUUUAAUUCGUCCCCUUGAGGCCUUACUAAUGACUUCAUACCAUCAUGAGAACCAGCCUGAAUCUGCUCCCCCAGCGGAAAGCAGACACUGAGCACAAGGCAGAGGUGCGGUUGUCCCCUUGGUCAGACUCAGUGAUGAGUGAGUCUCCGCAGCGCUUUAAGGUCAUCUCCACUGAGCCUGCCACUACACCUCAGCGACUACAGAUUGUAACCGACCAGCAGACGGGUCAGAAGAUCCAGAUAGUGACAGCGAUGAACCCGUCCGGCGCUCCAAAGCAGCAGUUCAUUCUGACCACGGCUGACAGCUCAGGAGCAGGCAAGGUUAUCCUGGCCUCACCGGAGACUCACAACACAAAGCAGGUCAUCUUCACUGCUGCAGACAGCCUGAUGCCAGGAAGAAUACAGAUUGUCACAGACCCGGUGUCAAUGGAACGCUUGUUAGGACAGUCGGGGGAUUUAGGUCGACCUCAGCCAGUGGAGUACUGUGUGGUUUGUGGAGACAAAGCUUCAGGGCGUCACUACGGAGCGGUCAGUUGUGAGGGAUGUAAAGGUUUCUUCAAACGAAGCGUGAGGAAGAGUCUGACCUACAGCUGCCGCAGUAAACAGGACUGUGUCAUCAACAAGCAUCACCGCAACCGCUGCCAGUUCUGUCGGCUGAAGAAAUGCCUUAAAAUGGGGAUGAAAACUGAUUCCGUUCAGAGUGAGAGGAAGCCUAUUGACAUGACGCCUAGAGAGAGGCACGCUAACUGUGCUGCCUCCACUCAGAAGAUCUACAUCCGUAAGGACCUGAACAGCCCACUUAUCGCCACACCGACCUUCAUCUCUGAUACAGAUACAGAUGGCUCCAGAUCCAGUCUACUGGACCAGGGGAUGCUGGUUAAUAUCCAGCAGCCAGUCAUCCAGACUGAUGGAACUCUGCUGCUUGCAGCUGACCCCAAGAUGGAUUCUGGACACGGAGACCUGGGGACACUAGCCAGUGUUGUGACGUCGUUAGCCAACCUAAGUGACUCUCUGAAAGAAAACCUGAACAAUGGUGAUACCUCAAACAGCCAACAAGAGGAGCAGUCUGCCAGCGAGAUAACACGUGCCUUUGACACUUUGGCCAAAGUCUUCAACCCAUCCGAGGAAAAUCUGUCUGAGAAGUCGCAUUGCGUCAGUGAAACAACCAUCCAGCUGAUCGGUCAGGACCAGGAGACGCCUCUCAUUGAGGUGGAAGGACCGCUGCUCACAGACAGCCAUGUCAGUUUCAAGCUGACCAUGCCCAGCCCCAUGCCCGAGUAUCUGAAUGUACAUUUCAUCUGUGAGUCAGCAUCCAGACUUCUCUUCCUCUCCAUGCACUGGGCACGUUCAAUCCCAGCUUUUUCAGCUCUCGGUCAGGAGGUAAACACCAGUUUGGUCCGAGCCUGCUGGAACGAGCUGUUCACUUUGGGUCUUGCUCAGUGCGCUCAUGUGAUGAACUUAUCGACCAUCCUCGCUGCCAUCAUUAACCACCUGCAAAGCACCAUCCAGGACGACAAACUGUCAGGGGACAGGGUGAAGCAGGUGAUGGAGCACAUCUGGAAGUUCCAGGAGUUCUGUAACAGCAUGACGAGGUUGGAGAUCGACAGCUAUGAAUACGCCUACCUAAAGGCUAUCGUGUUGUUCAGUCCUGAUCACCCAGGUGUGGACAGCAGCGGACAGAUUGAGAAGUUUCAAGAGAAAGCGCUGAUGGAGCUGCAGGACUAUGUGCAGAAAACAUAUCCUGAUGACAUCUACAGGUUGACGCGUAUCCUGACCCGCCUCCCUGCCCUGCGCCUAAUGAACUCGAGCAUCACAGAGGAGCUCUUCUUCACUGGCUUGAUAGGUAACGUCUCUAUCGACAGCAUCAUUCCUUACAUCCUCAAGAUGGAGACGGCAGAGUACAACAGCCAGGACUCCGACUCAGCAGAAUAA